GCCGGAACCAGAGCCUCCAACCCAUUCCCCCCCAAUAAUGGGGCCCCCAAUGAGUCACCUGCUAGCUGGCCUGUGUGUGGGGGUGACCUUGGGCUUGGUAGGGGGCUCAGCCCCCAACCUGGGCCCCGCUGAGCAGGAGCAGAACCACUACCUGGCCCAGCUGUUUGGCCUAUAUGGGGAGAACGGGACGCUGACGGCAGGGGGCCUGGCGCGGCUUCUCCACAGCCUGGGGCUAGGCCGAGUACAGGCGCUCCGCCUGGGACACCACGGACCUCCAGCUGGCCGGGCUGCACCCCCAGCUGGAGACAAUUACACGCACAGAUCACAGGACCCUGAGCUGAGUGUGGAUGUCUGGGCUGGGCUGCCUCUGGGUCCCUCAGGGUGGAGUGACCCAGAGGAGCCGAAAGGCCCAGCAUCACCCCAUGGGCCAGCCCCUUCGGGCCUGGACCUCUUUCACAGGCUUCUGUUGCUGGACCAUUCCUUGGCUGACCAUCUGAAUGAGGAUUGUCUGAACGGCUCCCAGCUGCUUGUCAAUUUUGGCCUGAGCCCCGCUGCUCCUCUGACCCCUCAUCAGUUUGCUCUGCUGUGCCCGGCCCUGCUUUAUCAGAUCGACAGUCGUGUCUGCAUCCAGGCCCCUGGCCCAACGCCCCCUGGGGACCUUCUGUCCGCCCUGAUUCACAGUGCCCUGGCGGUCCUGCUGCUCAGCCUCCCGGCUCCCCUGUCCCUGCUCCUGCUGCGGCUCCUGGGAGCACGCCUCCUGCGGCCCCUGCUGGGCUUCCUGGGGGCCCUGGCCGUGGGCACUCUUUGUGGGGAUGCGCUGCUGCACCUGCUGCCUCACGCCCGAGGAGGACAGCACGCCGGGCUUAAUGGGCACCCAGAGGAGGACCUGGGACCGGGACUGUCCGUGCUUGGAGGCCUCUUCCUGCUCUUCAUGCUGGAGAACAUGCUGGGGCUCCUGCGGGGCCGAGGCCUCGGGCCAGGAUGCUGCCGGCGGCAGAGGAAGGAGCUCGGCGCGCCCGGGCCGGACCCCGAGGAUGGCGGGACGGGCCUUCAGCCCCUACAGGCGGCUCCGGAGCCGGCAGCCCAGGGCCGCGGGGAGCAGGCCGGCCGGGCCGCCCGCCCUGGCCACCAAGGCCACAGCCACGGGCCCCGGGGCGGCGCUGGCGCCAACAUAACGUGGAUGGUCCUCCUGGGAGACGCUCUGCACAACCUCACUGACGGGCUGGCCAUAGGCGCCGCCUUCUCCGACGGCUUCUCCAGCGGCCUCAGCACCACCGUGGCCGUCUUCUGCCAUGAGCUACCCCACGAGCUGGGUGACUUCGCCGUGCUGCUCCGGGCAGGGCUGCCCUUCCGGCGGCUGCUGCUGCUGAGCCUGGUGUCUGGAGCCCUGGGGCUCGGGGGUGCAGCCCUGGGGGUGGGGCUCAGUUUGGGCCCCGUCCCCCUCACUCCCUGGGUGUUCGGGGUCACGGCCGGGGUAUUCCUCUAUGUGGCCCUCGUGGACAUGCUACCAGCCCUGCUUCGUCCUCCGGAGCCCCUCCCUACGCUCGACGUGCUGCUGCAGGGGCUGGGGCUGCUGCUGGGGGGCGGCCUCAUGCUCACCAUAGCCCUGCUGGAGGAGCAGCUAUGGCCCCUGGUCUCUGAUGGCUGAAGGGGGGCAGUGGAAAGGCGUCGGGUUUGCCCUUCCUUCCCCACAACCACAGGAAUGGAGGCGGGACACAGGGCCAGUAGGAGCAAUAGGAUUUUAAUAAACAGAACCCAUCCCAAA